UUGCUCCGCCCCCGACAUCGUGGUGUGAGGGGAACCUUCCUAGUAUCUGGGCGCUGGCCGCUCUCAACGGGUUAGGGAAAGAGGAGCUCAGUGAUCAUAGAGGUGGCGGAAUGCAGGGGUAGAGGGGACCGGAAGUUGUUUCUUUCCCUACCCUCCUCCCCCACCGGGACCGGAUCGCUUCUCCUAGGGCUCGCUUUGGUUUCAUCUCCUGUCAGACUGUCGUUCGGCCUCAGGACUUGGUACCCCCGGAGUGUGGGCUCUCUCCAGUACCAGACUCACUUCAGUAACAGACUUUGGGAAGCCUUGUGAAUACCCGGGUCUCUUAGCCACAAGGGUGGCCUGACGGAGCCGCGGCGCUGGCCAAAUCGCUCAGGCGCUAGCCGGAACCCCCAGACCAGCUCAAACGAGAGCCCAAACUCGGAGCUUGGAAGAAUUAGCAGGAAAUGGCGGAUGAGGCGUUGUUUUUGCUUCUCCAUAACGAGAUGGUAUCUGGAGUGUACAAGUCCGCGGAGCAGGGGGAGGUGGAAAAUGGACGAUGUAUUACUAAGCUGGAAAACAUGGGGUUUCGAGUUGGACAAGGAUUGAUAGAAAGGUUUACAAAAGAUACUGCAAGGUUCAAGGAUGAGUUAGAUAUCAUGAAGUUCAUUUGUAAAGAUUUUUGGACUACGGUAUUCAAGAAACAAAUCGACAAUCUAAGGACAAAUCAUCAGGGCAUCUAUGUUCUUCAGGACAACAAAUUUCGCCUGCUUACGCAGAUGUCUGCUGGAAAACAGUAUUUAGAACAUGCAUCUAAGUAUUUAGCAUUUACAUGUGGCCUAAUCAGAGGUGGCUUAUCAAACUUGGGAAUAAAAAGUAUUGUAACAGCCGAAGUGUCUUCAAUGCCUGCUUGCAAAUUUCAGGUGAUGAUACAAAAGCUGUAGAACAUACUGAAAUGCAAGGCUUCAACAGUGUAAAGAGAUAAAUUAUUCAUGUAUAAAGUAUUUAAAGUAGUGAUGAUUUAAUUACAUUGUUCGAUGUUUGUACAGGAGUAAGCAUGUAUUUUUACCAGUUUACACAGAUCAACUCAAAGGAGAUAAAGGGACAUUCUGUUAUGACAUACAUUUAACUAAACCUAUUCAAAAUGAAAAACUGAUUUCAGAUAAUGAGACACCAAGAUGUAGGGCUCUUAUUUUAAACCUUUUUAUUUGGUUUGAGUGUUACGUAUUUGGCCAUAGACAGACAGGCAAAGUUCAGGGUUUGCUGAAUUCGCUUGAGAGGAAAGUAUGUACCAACAGAAUAAUUUGUGAUAAAAAUGAACAAAUUUUGAUAAAGUGUGAAUGUUUUAUUUUAAAAAGCAAACAUACUAAAUUCAUUUUAUUGCUUAAAAUUUAUUAAGAAUUUUUACACCUGCAUAAGGAUUUUGUAUAUACAUUGUAUGUGUGUGUGUAUAUAUAUAAAUACAUAUAUGAUUGCCUAAAUUGUUUAGAAAUUUAAUUUUGUUUUAAUAGGUUUCAUUCCUUCAGAGCUCCAUUAAUGUAAUCAAAAUGAAACAUAGAUUAGUUUAAAUGUGAAUUCAGUGACUCUAGGGCCAAAGAAUAUUAGGUAUGUUUGGAAGGAAUUUUUGUAUUUAUUCCUGUUACAGUUUUGACUUUCAACUUCUCUCCUCAUCCAUGGACAUCCUGGUAAAGGGUCUAAUAUCUUUAUUCUCUUCUUUACUCUUUCACCUGAGCAGAGAGGUGGGUAAUUGGAUUAGUAAUUCUUUUUCUUUUUCUUUUUGAGAUGGAGUCUUGCUCUGUUGCCAGGCUGGAGUACAGUGGCUCAAUCUUGGCUCACUGCAGCCUCUGCCUCCCAGGUUCAAGUGAUUCUCCUGCCUCAGCCUCCCAAGUAGCUGGCAUCACAGGUGCCUGCCACCACACCCAGCUAAUUUUUGUAUUUUUAGUAGAGACGGGGUUUCACUGUGUUGGUCAGGCUGGUCUUGAACUCCUGACCUUGUGAUCCACCCGACUCGGUCUCCCAAAGUGCUGGAAUUACAGGCGUGAGUCCCGCUCCCUGCCCUUGGAUUAGUCAUUCUGACAUUCUUUGGACUACAUCAUCUUAGUGGUUUGGGGUUAGUGCUCAUUGGAUAUAUCUUUCUUACCACCUCUUCCACAUACUUUCUCUUAAACUUAAAUUAUCUGGCAUAAGCAGAUAUCCCCAGCUUUUGUUAGAACUUUGCAUGUUGACUAUAAAAACUAUACUUUUUUUCCCAUUUAUUUAUUACCCUUUUGAAUGUGUUUGUGUGACAGGGAACUCUGCAGAAGGGGGUGACUGACACACCAAACAAGAUGUUUUAUUGGGUACGCUGCCAUAGAAAUGGCUGAUUAAGAAGAUCGACUAAAUAAACCAAACAUUAUAUUAAAAAUAUGAAAUAAGAACUAUAAAAAUUUAGGACAUUAAAGAAAACUCAGGUUAGAGGCAUACCAUUUUGCUUUCAUGGAAGGAUACAGUAUUACAAAGAUAUUUAACUUGAUUUAUUAAAUUCUAGUUAUGUGCCCUAUAAUGAUGUUUUCAGUCAAUGACAGACUACAUAUAUGGAGGUGGUCCCAUAAGAUUACAAUACCACGUUUUUAUUGUACCUUCUUUAUGUGUAUUUUACUUUAUUUUAUUUUAUUUUUGAGACGGAGUCUCACUCUGUUGCCCAGGCUGGAGUGCAGUGACAUGAUCUAGGUUCACUGCAACCUCCACCUCCAAGGUUCAAGUGAUCCUCCUACCUCAGCCCCUCUAGUAGCUGGGAUUACAGGGAUACACCACUAUGCCUGACUAUUUUUUGUAUUUUUAGUGAAGAUGGGGUUUUGCUAUUUGGCCAGGCUGGUCUCGAAUUCCUGACCUCAAGUGAUCCCCCACCUCAGCCUCCCAAGGGUUGGUAUUACAGGCGUGAGCCACCGUGCCUGGCCCUUCUUUAUGUUUAGAUAUGCAAGUGCUUAGCAUUGUGUUACAGUGUCCUACAGUAUUCACUAUAGUAAUAUGCUGUACAGCUUUAUAGCCUAGGAGCAAUAGGCCAUAGCCUAGGUGUAUAGUAGGCCAUACCAUCUAGGUUUGUGUAAGUAUACUCUGUGAUUGUAUAAUUUCAAAAUCUCCUAAUGACACAUUUUUCAGAACAUACCCCUUUGUUAAGCAAUGCAUGACUGCAAUUUUAAUUCUAGCCUGAUUUGGGGGAAGAAUUUUUAAUUUUGAAAAAAUAAAUUUAGGAAAAUUCCUAUCAAAUAUACAAAUAUAAAGUUUAUUAAGUUAAAAAAGUCAUAUGACCCAGGAAUAGCUAAUGACACAGAAGUGGAUCAAAAUGGAACACAGUAGAGAACAUCAAAUAAAACAGGUGUAGGAAUUGUAUGUGUGAAAAAGGUGGGUUCGAAUAAGUGGGUUUGUUAGACACUCUCAUAUGCCUACCUGUCAGCCAUUUCUUUCUUCCUUGCUUGCAGUCAAAGCCCCAUUUCUUUCUUUUCUGUUUUUUUAAACUCUGUAUGGCUGCCUUGUGCUGUAGAAUAGGGUGCUUCCCUAGUCCGGAGAUGGUGAGUGUUGAUUAGAUUCUAUGUCAGUCAUGGUAAUUGGCUUACUUGAUCAUUUGAUGGAAUUUCAGCUAAUGAGAUAAAGGAAGUCUGAAAGGCUUUGAAGAAAUUUUCUGUUGUUCUUAAUUGAUAGAAGAUGGGGAUUGGAUUUGCCAGCAUCCCUUUUCUGCUUCUCAGUGAAGAUAGGUGAUAUGGAUGUUUGAAGCUAAUCUGCCGCAGCCUUCUGAUGGCCAUGAAAGGACAAGUAUGGAGAUGAAAGCCAUCACACUGAGCAUAGUGGGAUGUAGAUAGGAAGCACCUGAAUUGUGCUUCUGAAUUAACCAAUCUGGUAACUGCUUUACCUUUGGACUUUUGGUUAUGUGAGAUAUUCCUUAUAUUGUUACAUUCAUUUUGGGUAUGUAUAUUGUUACUUGUAGCCAAAAAGAAACCUCUCUCUCAGUAGAAACAAAGGGAGAGUUAGGUUAUUCAAAAAUAGUAUGGGACAAUUGAAUAUCCCUUUUUCUGUGGGAGUGGGUGGGGAGAAACUUAAAGGUUCAUGUGUAAAACAAUAAAACCAUAAAAUACUAAAGAAAAUAUGA